AUGAGUGAAGUCAGGUGCUUUUACUGCUUAAAACAAUUCAAGCACUUAUAUAUCCGGUGUUAUGAUUGCAAAUGCGUCAAACUAUGUCUAUUUGUAAGUAUUUAUAUAGUGGUCAAUUCUUUUAGUGCUUCUCUUGUGGUGUUGAAGCAGGUCAUCAUAAACGUUCCCAUCUAUGCCCAUGCUAAGGAAGACAACACGUGUAUUCUCAAUCAUUGGUCCGAUGUUGAAGAACUGGAGUUAUUAGAUGCAAUUGAGCAAUAUGGAUUGGGAAACUGGGAGGACAUUGCAGAAAAUUGCAGCAACCGCGACGCUCAAGAAUGCUAUGAGCACUAUUCUAGUUUCUACCUCCACGGGUGUUUCGCUGGUGUAUUAUCUCAGAACAAUUGUCACUCAAACUUUGUGACCGAUCACACCACUCCAAUUCUGACUUCUUGUCAUGAGAAAUCCAUAUCUUUGGAACCUAUUGAGCAGCAGUUACUUGGCUAUAUGGUUUUAAGGGAUGAUUUCGAAAGGGAUUAUGAUAAUGAUGCCGAAAGCCUGCUCACUCGACUUAGUAUCCGUCCAGAGUGUGAUGAUCUUGAAAAAGCGUUGCACGUGGCACAUGUUAGUAUCUAUACUCAACGGCUUCAAGAGCGUCAAAAGCGUAAGGAAAUCGGCCGAUUACACGGACUCAUUUGCCGCAUAUCGGCCUAUUUGACUAACAAGAGGCCAAAGCGUCGGGCGACUAAAGUCGAAUCCAGGUCUUCUAUAACCCCACCAGUAUUUCGCAAUAAACUUACACCCAUUUCACGUGUUAACAAACGAAAACUGCCGCUUCAGUCUAGCCCUGCUUCACCUCCCGCGGGCAGUUGGCUAGCCGCUCCUUUCGCACUUCAGUCAUCCGGUCCGACUCGUGGCAUCCCUCUCGUUGUACCUGGGGUUAUUCCAGUUCCUCGAGAAGAAUGUGGUAGAUCAGCAGAUCUAGAAGAGUAUGACGCUUUUAACAUCAACGAGAAACUCAAACCCUUUCUUCGAUACUUUACACCUACUCAGGCUAGUCAGUUUUUGAGUAACCUGCACCGUGAGGAGACCUUGAAGCACGAAAUCAAAUACCUCUUUACCGCUCUCCAAAAGUGCGGCUCAAAGGCAUCAACGAUUGUAAGCGGGGCGGCUGGGAUUCUUUCUCUCUUGACCAUAGGCUCGUCCAGGAUUUCGGCACCCUUGAAGGAACCGCCAGAGGUCAGAAGUCAAGUGUAUGUGCCGGCACCACCCAACACCGAGCCUCUCCACCCGCUUCUCAUUGGUCAUCCUGGCUUUGGUGCCACCAACACUCUUCCUCCGCGUCGGUCGAUAGCGGCCGCUCUUCGAUCGUCCUCGACCCAUCGAGCCGUGCUGAAGCGUCGUAGGCGUCGUAGGCACCCCAGUACACCUUGGUAUGCUCGCUUGAAUCGCCAUCGAAAGUGA